GAAACUUUUUUUUUUUGCACCGCUCAAAAACUAUUCCAUUUCUCCAUCAGCAAUGUCUUCUUCAGAACAAUACAUCAAGACAGAGUAUCCGGUCAUCGACUCAGACCCCCACUUUUUGCGUGUCGUACGCUACAUGCGUGGCUCGGAUUAUGUCGCCUGGGGCACUCUGACAGCCGGAGCACCAGCUAUCCUCUUGGCUUUUGAGCGAAUCAGACCUGCUGCUGGACCAAAAGGAAUCAAUGUUGCAUUGGGCCUUGCCACCGCCAUGGGUUUCAUGGGAGGAUUCCUUUAUUCUUAUCAGAAGUCAAGUCUUCGUUUUUGGGGAUGGGAUGAAAAUGCUAGAGAACAGGCUAUGAAUCGUACCGAGAUGGAGGAUCGUGCUGCCAAGGGUCUUCCUGCUUAUGGAGAACCCACUAUGGAUGACGUUACUCAAGCCGCUGCUGCAAGGAACUCCAAAUAUGCCGCGCUCAAGUUCUCUGCUUUCCCCUGGUUUAAUACCACAAACCACAAAUACCAUCUUUCUCAGGACACUACUCAGAAUGACAAGUAGAUGUAUUUGAUUGACUAAUUGAAGUGAACGCAGUAGAUUAAAAGAAAGAGGGGAAAAAAAAUGUAUCAUGCUUCGUAUUUAGAGGCGUGCAAAUACAAUGCAUGCUUUGUUGAUAUGUUGUUCGAAAUAACUUCCUAAUCCACCAAUGCAUUAACAAGUGAGGAUAAUGACUCCAAAAUGAUAAUAAGUAAAACUAAACCUCUAACGUUGUCCGUCAAAGGAAUAAAUCUCUC